AUGUCUACAACAACCACUAUCGAGGAGCCAUUGUCAAUGUCCCAGGAGCUCCAUUCGAAGACAUAUAGGGGACCUCCUCGCAAUAUAGCUUAUAUCGACCAAUUGAACUUCGAUCCUUCAUUACAGCCGGUGCACCAGGAAAUUCAGGGCACUCCUCUUAAUUCGAGUAUUCUUAUCUUAGACAUUCGAAUCCUCGAAGCAACUGGCCGACCUCCCUACCACGGGGACAUUUUGAUCAAUGGAACGCGAUUCGUGCACGUCGGAGAGGUCCCCAAUAAAGCGGAGUUGCUUGCUAGUGGCACCGUUCGAGUCUUUAACGGCAACGGACGGAUGCUCAUUCCCGGUUUAGGCGAUGCACAUACACACUUCACCUGGAACGGGGGGAACCUUGAGCACCUGGCCGAACUAGGCAUUGAAGAACAUACACUGCUGACAGCCCGGAGUGCGAAAUGCUUUCUUGACUCUGGGUAUACCAUGUGCUUUGGUGCAGCAUCUGCGAAAAAGAACCUCGACAUAGUCAUCCGUGAUGCCAUCAACGCUGGCAUUAUCCCGGGUCCUCGGUUUCUGGCGAACGGGCGUGAGAUUGCACGAACAGGAGGUGAGCUGGUAACCGGGAUUACAGCAUAUGCCGAUGGACCGGAUGAAAUGAAACAGGUAGUCCGUGAGCAUAUUGACCUGGGGGUGGAUCAAGUUAAACUCUCCAUGUCUGGAGAAUCGAUCACCGAGACAAGGGAUGCAGAGGUCUGUUAUUUUACCCCAGAAGAAACACGGGCCUCCGUGGAGGAGGCCCACCGGUGGGGAAAGAGGGUCUGCUCCCACGCCCGGGCUCGGGAAUCUAUUAUUCAGAGCAUCGAGUGGGGAGUCGAUGUCAUUUAUCACGCUUCCUUUAUUGAUGAACGAGGGAUGAACUUGCUCGAGAAACACAAAUCUCGCCAUGUUAUAGCACCGGCCAUCAACUGGCUUGUUGCUACGCUUCACGAUGCAGGUAUGUAUGGCUACACUACUGAGAAAGCUGAAAAGGUCGGCUAUCAGAAGGAGAUGGAGACUGCCAUUCGAGCCUUGCGAGAAAUGCAUCGCCGUGGCAUCGUCGUCCUCCCCGGGGGCGACUACGGGUUUGCAUGGACGCCUCACGGCACGUAUGCGCGGGAUCUCGCUCACUUUGUCAAUCUGUUGGGGUUCACUCCGCAUGAAGCUCUUAUUGCAGCGACCUAUGGCAUGGCCAAAUUAUUCAUGCGCGCGCAUGAGAUGGGACAAAUCCGCGAGGGCAACUAUGCAGACUGCGUGUUGGUGAAUGGGGACCCACUGGAGGAUAUUACACUCCUACAGGACCACAGCAAGCUGGAUGUUAUCAUUAUCAAUGGGCGAGUACAUAAAGCGAGUCACAUGUAG